AUGGACAACCAAGUCCUAGUGCUGAACAGAUGGUCAGAGGGUGUAGAAGAUAACUAUGGAGCUUUUACAACUGCACCUUUGUGGGUACAAAUGUGGAAUCUGCCAGUGCAUUGGCUCUCCAAGGAGGUAGGGAGAAAGAUUGGAGCAAUUUUUAAAGAAGUAAAAGAGGUGAUUGUACCUCAGGCGGGGGGAAAAGAGGGAAGACACCUUAAAGUUCUUGCCCUGGUAGAUUUGUCUAAACCCCUUCUCAGAGGAACGUUGGUUAAUGUAGCAGAGUCACUCAAAUGGGUUGCCUUUAAAUAUGAAAGAUGUCCAGAUUUCUGUUAUAGCUGUGGAAUAGUUGGGCAUGGGGAACGUACGUGUAAAGAGCAAAGGAAUUCAUCAGGGAGCCUUCUGGAGCAUCAAUAUGGGCCUUGGCUGUGA